AUGGACAGUGGCUUAAUCAAUGGAGUCCUGUUCCUGGACUUGAAAAAAGCUUUUGACACUGUCGACCAUGAAAUCUUAUUAAAGAAACUUCACCUAUACGGCAUAAAAGGAACUACUUACGCAUGGUUUGAAUCUUACAUCCAAAAUAGAAAAUCGAUUUGUUUAAUGAAUGGGAAAAAAUCACAUGCUAAAGAAAUUAGGUGUGGGGUACCACAAGGUUCUAACCUUGGCCCCAUCCUAUUCCUCUUGUAUAUUAACGAUCUACCUAAGUGUCUAGAAACAACCAAGGCCAACUUGUUUGCUGAUGACACAAAUCUUUCGUGUGCCGGCUUAGAUGGAUCUUGA